UUCCUGCUCUCAUUCCGAGCAUUCUUCGCAUCUCUAUCGGUGCGGCGGAGAUUCACGUUCACAUUCCCGGCCGGCCCAGAAACACAAGAAUAACUUUACACAGUUUGCAAAGAAAAAAAUUAACUAUACAAUCCCACACUAGAAAAAGCAACAUCAAGGGGGCCGAACUUAAAUUUGAUAUUAAUAAAGCGGACCGCAAGUUGGCUGCUCUGCACAUUUCCUCGCAACAUUUUCGGUGCGGUGCGACAAUAUAGCGAGGAGAGACUUGUUGCUUGCGUAUCUUUGGCGUUUAUUCACCGCCUUCUGUGGAAAUCCUACCCGAUUCACCGUAGUUUGCUCCAGGCUUCGGCUUGGAGGUCUCAACCGCCAUCAUUGAUCCCAGCAGUUGGAGUGGCAGUGAAAGUUCUGCCGAGGACAUUGAGAGGAUGAGCGACUCUGCAGAGAAGCCGAUUGACAAUGACGCAGAGGGGGUUUGGAGCCCGGACAUAGAGCAGAGCUUCCAGGAGGCGCUGGCCAUCUACCCGCCCUGUGGACGCCGCAAAAUUAUCCUGUCAGAUGAGGGCAAGAUGUAUGGUCGGAAUGAGCUAAUAGCCAGAUACAUUAAACUCAGAACUGGGAAGACGCGGACGAGGAAGCAGGUGUCUAGUCACAUACAGGUCUUAGCAAGAAAGAAAGUUCGAGAAAUCCAAGCUGCCAUCAAGGUGUCUAGUCACAUUCAGGUUCUUGCCAGAAGGAAAUCUCGUGAGUUUCAUUCCAAGCUAAAGGUGACAAGCAUGGAUCAAAGCGUGAAGGACAAAGCUCUUCAGAGCAUGGCCUCCAUGUCCUCGGCCCAGAUCGUUUCUGCCACAGCCAUCCACAACAAGCUGGGUCUGCCAGGUAUCCCGCGCCCAGCCUUCCCGGGAGCAGCAGGGAUUUGGCAGGGCAUGAUAUCCACAGGCCAGCCUGGAUCAUCUCAAGACAUCAAGCCAUUUGCCCACCAGGCAUACCCUAUCCAGCCAGCAACUACAAUCACAAGCUAUGAGCCCCCGGCAGCACCAGUGCCCGCAGCGCCCGCCUGGCAGGGCCGAUCUAUCGGCACAUCUAAACUCAGACUCGUAGAGUUCUCGGCUUUCCUGGAACACCAGAGAGAUCCAGAUGCUUAUAACAAGCAUCUUUUCGUACACAUCGGUCAGACAAAUUACUCUUACAGCGAUGCCUUGCUCGAGUCAGUGGACAUUCGUCAAAUUUACGACAAAUUCCCAGAGAAGAAAGGAGGGCUGAAGGAGCUGUUUGGCAAGGGUCCUCAAAAUUCAUUCUUUCUCAUAAAGUUCUGGGCGGACUUGAACUGCAACAUUCUGGAUGAAUCUGGGGGCUUCUAUGGAGUGAGCAGUCAAUACGAGAGCCCGGAGAACAUGACCAUCACCUGCUCCACCAAAGUUUGUUCGUUCGGCAAACAGGUCGUAGAGAAAGUAGAGACGGAGUACGCUCGCUUUGAGAACGGACGCUUUGUCUACAGGAUAAGCCGGUCCCCCAUGUGUGAAUACAUGAUCAACUUCAUCCACAAACUCAAACACCUGCCUGAGAAGUACAUGAUGAACAGCGUCCUGGAGAACUUCACCAUCUUAUUGGUGGUCACAAACAGAGACACACAGGAGACCCUGCUGUGCAUGGCCUGCGUGUUUGAGGUGUCGAACAGUGAGCACGGAGCCCAGCAUCACAUCUACAGGCUAGUGAAGGAAUGAGCGAGGCAGCUCUUUCACAUCCAGUAGACUCUAAACCUCAUUACUGUGGUAGUGCCUCCUCAACAUUCACUCAACACGAUUUCGUCACGUUUGGGCGAUGCUUAUAAUUCUAUAUAUUUUUCUUCAUUAUUCAUGUGUUUGACGUUUAACUGCAGCUGUGAAUCGCGGUACAGUUGUAUUAUGUUUUAAAACGGGCAGGAAUGUGGAAGAACGCCGAAUCAACAUUCGUUCGUAGGCUGUACAUAAAGCAACAGAGUAUCAUUUGACUUGAGGGUUGGGUCGAGUGAGUCAGACAACCUCAUUUUAACAUUUUCAUAGAAUGUACACAAAAGAUAACCGAUUUUAGCCUUCUGUACAUGGUAUGUGUCCGUCAUUUGUAUGGAGGCGUAUGGGUUCAGCCAUAAAUCUGUGUGUGUACAUGUGUAUAUACGUUCUCACAUGCUUGUAGGUUUUUCCCAAAGAAGAAGUAUUCGAGAAAUGUCUUUCUGAAACUUUGAUUUAUUGAAAAGAAAGCUACUGUAGGUGUCAAAGAAAAGAUUCCUGUGGCCAUCACGAAACAACAAAGUUCCUGCAUUCAGAACCUUCAUAGAAUUCAGGGAAUUCAGAAGCCCAGCCCUUGAAAAUAAUCUAUGAUUUUGUACGUGUUAAUGUGUGUUUUUUGUCGACAUCCUGAGGAUUAACUGCACUGUGAUAUCACAACCUUUUACCAACAUUUCACCUGCAAUAAGAAAACGCAGAGAUUUGACCCGCUUACUGUUUCCUGUACAGCUAAACGCCUUCUACCGACAUGCUUGUGUUAAAAGGGUACCCGUAACUCAAGAAGCACUGUAUUAACUACCGGGGUUGAUGGAUUAACCCGUCAACUUUACCCGAGCACUUGGAUUCACUUGCUGGACUUAGAUUUUCUCUUCAGCAGGACAUAUGUUUCUCAGACGCGCCGAGGAAGCCACCAAGCCCAUCCGUGAGCGUACUCUAUAUCACGGAGCGCUCCGUCUUCUGUACGGAUUUAGUUAUGAAAUUAAUCCUGUCCCAGAGUUCUUUGCUGCCUUUGUCAUUCCCACACAGCCUGCGUCUCUGUGGCCUAAUCGUUUUCUAAGACUGCAAGCCUUAAAGAUGUUUGUGCGAACUCCAAAAGAUGCCACUAAAGCUGUGACCUCUUUCCUAAGCUGGAAGACGUUCUUGUCAUUGUCACAUGUUGAAGGAAUUGUACAGUACGAAACUGCCAAAGUGUAACAAUACAAGCAACAGUGCCUUAGUGUAUAAAGGGAACGUGGAGAGUAUUUUUAGGGGGGGGGAAUAACACUAAGAUUAUAUGUGUCAUCUUUAUUAUAGAGCACUGGCCUGCGUGCACAUUUGGUUGAUCUUUCACUACAUCUUGCCGAAAUGUCAGAUAAUAGAUUCAAGAGAUACAAAACUAUCCGAUCUUGCCUUUCUUAUAACCGAAAACACCAAAAAGUUUGUGGAGAUGCAUUUAUCUCCUCUUUAUGUCCUGCACUGUAGCAUGAAAGUGCCUUUGGUUCAGAUUUUUCCAGCUUAGAAAAGACAAACGUUAUUUUGCGUUACGAAGAUGAUCAAAAACCAAAUAAGUGGACGUAGGUAAAAUAUUCACCACAUUGCCUUCAUAAAAUUUUAUAGAUGAAUCAACGUGGGCUAGUGAGUGGAUAUGGACUGAAACAAAGAAAUGUAAUAUUUGACAAAUUUCUAUCAGCAUUUGAUUUGGUGGUUGUGGCAAACCUGUGUUUUUUUCUUCUACGAGACAGAGAUUUAGCUACUUUUCUAGUGCAUGAUCAGAUCGCAUAAGUGAAAACCUUCACUGCACCAUUGAGAUUAUGAAUGCUAACAUGGUGUUUUCCUUGUUUUUUUUAGCCAUGUUCUGUGUUUUUGUUUAGAAAUAUAGUAAACACUAUAUUAAGUGACUUAAAAGUGUGUUACUCCUCAAUCCUUAGCAAAGAUAGUAGGAAAGGAUUCUAACCACAAUAUGAGGUCACGUGAAAAUCCUUGACGGAUAAAAGCUGGCUUUCACCAAAUCAUACCAUCGUCGCUACAUAAUUUAUUCAUACUGUUCGUUUAAGGGGACGGUUUUAAAAGAACUAUUAACAAAGUUAGAUUUACAGCUCUGUAUGUUGUAGCCUACUGCUUGAAGUAAACUGUGGAGUCAAGUAAGCUUGAUAUCAAAAUGGCAAAUGAUGUUGAUUGUUUUGUUAUCGUUCAUGGUUCAUAAAUGACUUUUAGAGAUCUUCCUGUAUUGUUCUACAUGUGUGCGAUGGUUUCGUGAUGACUUCAGAGCCCUUUUGGGUGGUGAUACUGUUUCCGCUGCUGUUGCAUUUGUUCCGUCUGUCCCUCCUUAACAGUGCCCUUUAUGGGGCCUGAGACCUAAUGCCUUUAAUGAAUGUUAAAUGGACAUUAUUUUGCUUGUCAUGGACACUAAACGAGGAUUUUAAUGGAACGUGGACUACAGUAUGUCAGCAGUUUAACUCAUAUUUUUGAUCGUUUCUGUUUUGUCUGUGUGUAGGUACUGGUACCUCCUAUGUUCAUUACCAUUUAAGAUGUUGGCUUUAAAGUGGACUUUUAUCUAGUUCAGAUAGUAUCGUUAAAAGAUAUUGGGUUUGUGUGCAGAGAUUUUUUUCUUUUUGUAAAAAGGUGCUUUGUAUAAAAUUAUAUAUUCUGGCUUUUCUUGGUACAAAGGUGUGAUAUCUUUUAGUAUCCCCGAUGAUGGAAAAACAGCAUUGGAGCAGGUCUGACAGAAGAGAAAAUCAACCUACUAUGUGUGUGUUCUUUAUCGCAAUUGUUCUGUCUUUGCUCCGUAACAUUUUGAUGCCUUCUUGAUAAAGUGGUAGAUAUUUUGUAGCUUUCUAGAUACUUUGUAUGUAUACGAUAUUGAAUAAAAUAAAUACUUAA